AUGUUGAAACGGUUUUACAAGUUUAGAAAUGAGAUAGCAGACUUUAUGAAAAUAAAAUAUAAACCACUAUCUGAAUUAAAUGAUCCAAAAUGGAUAUGUGACUUGGCAAUUCUGGUCGAUCUUACAGGCUAUUUGAAUGAUUUAAAUUUGAAACUUCAAAAACAAGGACAGUUAGUAAAUGAUUUGUACAGCCAUUUGAAAGCGUUUCAUAUCAAACUACGCUUGUGGGAGUCACAGAUGCUGUCUGGUAACAGUUAUCAUUUCAACGCGCUCUCUGCGUAUGAAAAUAUUGCUUAUGCUCAGUAUGCUGAAGAACUCAAGUUACUGUCGGAACAAUAUUCGAACAGAUUUAGCGACUUCAAAAAGAUGAAACUGUUUCAGUUUAUUUGCUACUCCUACAAAAUAUAA